UAAUAAGUUAAAUGUAAGGAAAAGCCAAAAAAGGAUAAAGGAAAGCAAAAGCAGGUCAUUCAUUCCGUUAAGAGCUUAGUGAAAAGUAAAAGAAGGAUAUCAAAGAAGCUUUUGACUUAUUCGAUGUUGAUGGAUCAGGUUGUUACAAAAAUUUAAUUAUUUAUAGGUACGAUUGAUGAAAAAGAAUUAAAAGUAGCUCUACGUGCUUUAGGCUUUGAACCAGGAAAAGAAGAAAUCUAAAACUUAAAAUAAAAUCUUAAUAAUAACAACGAUUCAAAGGAAAAUAAAAAUACAAUUGAUUUCAAUGAGUUUCUUCAAAUCAUGACAGAGAAAAUGGUAUACAUUUUAUGUUGAUUGGUAUUUAGAAUGCAAAAGAAUCUUAGGAAGAAAUAGAAAGAGCUUUUCAUUUAUUUUCUUAAGGUAAUGAUAAUUUCAUCACUUUUGAAAACUUAAAAAAGGUAGCUCUUGAAUUAGGAGAAACAAUGUCAGAUGACGAAUUAAAAUUGAUGAUUUAGGAAGCUAAUAGCAAAAACCCAAGGUAAAAUCAUUGAAAUAUAUAUGUUAGUUAAGGGUAUGUGACAAAGGAUUAAUUUUAUGAUGUUUUAUCCAGAGCGACUAAUUAAUGA